AUGGCAGCUGUUGCCAAAGCCGAAGCUGCUGUAGAGGCUCGAGAGUGCUGCUGUGGUGGAGGAGGGGCGAGUGAGGAUGGAAGAGAGGGUAAGACGGGAGGAGGGCUGAGGGAAAGGGAGGAGAGAGUGAGGGAGGGAGAGGAGAAGUUGGACGAAGAUGUGUGGCUCUUAGAGGAGACACUUAGGCGGCGGGACGAGCAACUGCUGCUGUUAGCUAAGAGGGAGGAGGAAGGAGGGAGAGAGGGAGGAGGAGAGAGCAAGAGGAUGGUGCACGUGGGGGCGGUUGUUCUUGAAGCUGCUGUGGAGGAGGGUGUGAGGAAAGCGGUUGAGAGGGAUAGGGGGCGAGAGAAGGAGAGGGAGAGGGAGAGGGAGAGAGUGAGGGAGAGGGUGAGGGUGAGGCAGAAGGAGAGGGAGAGGGAGCGGGAAAGAGAGAGGGAGAGGAAGGGGGGAGAGGGUAAGAGAAAGGCUGCGUGUAAGGGAACGGGUGAGGAUGAGAAUGCGGGAGAGGGAGAGGGAGAGGAGGAGGGAGAAGGAGAGGGAGGAGGGUGGAGGGGAGGUUGA